AUGGACUGCUGGUGGACUGUGAAUAGACAUGUUUUAAAAACAGUAAUUAACCGGCAGCCAGCAAGGUUGUUAUCUACAGCUAUACCAGAGCCUCAUUUAGAAGGGGAAAACAAACAAUAUCAACCUAAAAUAGUGCAGUUAGUAGACGAUAUCAGUAAACUUACGUUAGUGGAAGUAGCAGAUUUAAAUGAAUUAUUGAAGAAAUCUUUAAAUAUAAAAGAUGCACCAGUUAUGGCAAUGGGUAUGGCUACAGCAGCACCAAAGGCUGAAGAAGAAGAGGAAACGGAAGUUAAAAGAGAAAAAACUAUUUUUACUGUAAAAUUAACAAAAUAUGAUGAAAGUAAAAAGAUUCAAUUGAUCAAGGCAAUUAAAGCGUUACUACCUGAUAUGAAUCUUGUCCAGGCAAAAAAAUACGUAGAAUCCUUACCUCAAAUAGUUCAAGAUGAGAUAUCUAAAGAAGACAGUGAGAAGUUGAAGUCAGAGCUAGAAAGUGCUGGUGGUACAGUGGAAGUAGAGUGA